GCGCACUGGGCGACCUCCUAAUGACAUUGGAGUGUUCAAAAUAUAAGGAAAAGUGAACCUGUCACUAGUUAAAUAUUCACUUAAAAAAGUAAAAACAUUACUGCACUGAAUAGUCGACAUACGAUCUAUUUACCUUCUAGAGGUUAUUAAACAUGGCACUUAGUACACUAGAUGUAGAAACAACCCCCUUCGAAGGCCAAAAGCCCGGUACAAGCGGGUUAAGAAAGAAAGUCAAAGUAUUUAUGGAAAAACAUUAUACAGAAAAUUUUAUACAGUGUAUAAUAAACGCUCUUGGGGAUAAAGCUAAAGGAUCUACAUUAAUUGUUGGAGGAGAUGGCAGAUAUUUUUCCAAACAAGCUAUAAACAUUAUUAUAAGGAUUGCAUCUGCAAAUGGGGUAUCUAAACUGCUUAUUGGCCAACUUGGAAUUCUUUCUACACCUGCAGUAUCAAGUCUUAUUAGACAUCACAAAGUAUUAGGAGGAAUUGUGCUGACGGCUUCUCACAAUCCUGGUGGUAUCCGCAAUGAUUUCGGUAUCAAAUACAACAUUGAAAAUGGAGGUCCAGCUCCUGAUCAUGUUACUGAUGCAAUCUAUGAACAUACUACCAAAAUAAAAUCGUAUAAAUUCACGCCUAAAUUGGAAACCGAUAGACUUAUUGAUAUUUUAGGCACAACUACCUUCAAUGUGGAUGGACGUGAUUUUGUCGUUGAAGUAAUCGACUCUUCAGAGAAUUACGUGUCUCUCAUGAAAGAGAUAUUCGAUUUCAAAAAAUUAAGAACUCUCAUCCGUGGAACUGAACAACGUCCACCGUUUAAUGUACUUAUUGAUUCAAUGAAUGGAGUUACUGGAGUAUAUGUUAGACGUAUUUUUGUCGACGAGCUAGGAGCUAGUCCAGACAAUAACGUUUGCAGAAUUGUUCCAUUAGAUAAUUUCGGUGAAAUACAUCCAGAUCCCAAUCUCACAUAUGCCAAAGAUCUCGUAGAUAAAGUUAAAGCUAAUCCUAGUUACGAUUUGGGAGCAGCAUUUGACGGAGACGGAGAUCGUAAUAUGAUUAUCGGUAAAAACGCUUUCUUCGUUACUCCGAGCGACAGUUUAGCUGUAUUAGCCAAUAAUCUGGAGUGCAUUCCAUAUUUCAAAAAACAUGGGGUUCGAGGUUUCGCGAGAUCUAUGCCAACAGCUGCUGCAGUUGAUAGGGUUGCUGAGAAAUUGGGCAAAGAAAUGUUUGAAGUUCCAACAGGUUGGAAAUACUUUGGUAACCUAAUGGAUGCUGGUAGGUUGUCUCUUUGUGGGGAAGAAAGUUUCGGUACGGGAUCGGAUCAUAUCCGAGAGAAAGAUGGUAUAUGGGCAGUACUCGCAUGGUUGUCGAUUAUUGAACACAAAAAUAUGAGUGUAGAAGAGAUUUUGAAAGAACAUUGGAGUAUAUACGGAAGAAACUACUUCACCAGAUACGAUUAUGAAGAAUGUGAGAGUGACGCGGCAAAUGCGAUGAUGAAACACUUAGAAAAUUUGAUAGAAACCAAUGGCCUAAUAGGAAAAUCUUUUGCCUACAAUGGUAAAAACUUCACCGUCACCAAAGCCGAUAACUUCUCUUAUGUUGAUCCCAUUGACAACAGCGUUACUAAAAAUCAGGGUAUAAGAAUUUUAUUUGACGACGGCUCAAGAUUAAUCUAUAGAUUGUCAGGUACAGGAAGCAGCGGUGCUACAAUAAGAGUAUAUAUUGACAGUUAUGAAAAGAAAAACGUUCUCUCUGAUGCACAAGAAAUGUUGAAACCUCUAAUUGAAGUUGGUUUGGAAAUUUCUCAACUGAAGAAAUUCACCGGCCGUGACGCCCCUACUGUUAUUACAUAAAAAGUGCAGUUUAAAAAAUCAGUCAUAUUAGGUGCAAGUGAGGUAUUUCGUGACUAGUUUUUUUUUGUAUUCUGAACAAGUAAUUUUUCUCAACUACCUAUUAUAUUUUGUUACAAUUUUGAUGAAAUUAUAUUUUGAAAUGUUUUUAUUGUUAUCUUUUAUUCGAACAUUUAUAUAGGAAUACUAUAUCAUUCCGGUGUAGCUUGCAAUACUGCCAUAUCGUAAAGUAACAGAUACUGCUGAAACUGGCAAAAGAAUAAAAUAAUGUUUAAAUAUAAUGUGUUUCUGUUAAUUGUGGUAACACAGACAUUAAUAAAAAUUUAUGUUUGAAUAUUAUUUUUUUAUGAGAAAUUCAUUUACAUCCAACGAUGAUUGUUCGAUGGACUACAAAAACAUACACCUGACUCAAAAAGAAUUUGUCUAUAAAAAAAAUAAAAUAUUACUAUACAAUAUACAUAAAGUGGGGGUCUACAGCUUCCUUUGCCGCAUCCCGUAUUUCGUACGUCAAACUUUUCAUCUACCCACUCGUUUUCCUGGAUAGUUCUGGAUUUUUAGGUUUGUUAAAUCCCUUCUUCCAGGUCCUUGAGGGUCUUCUUCGCCUUCUUCUAUUCUGCAGUUGAUACAUCAAUGCUUCCUUCGGCUACCUGUUCUUCUCCAUCCUAAUUACAUGUCUAUACCAGAGCAAUUGUUUAGUCUGUAUUCUCUUUGAAGUCGUGUAUACUCGACCUGUUGUUUAUCGUAUCUUCAUUUUAUUCUGUUCUGGAUAUCCUACACGAUCUUUUCAAGUAGCCCAUUUCCACGACAUCUAUUGUUUUCUCUUGUUUAUCCAGUUGCCAGUAUUCGCAUCCUUACGUUAAAAUGGGCUCCACUAAGACUGUAUAUUGUCAUUUUUGUGAUUAGUUUAAUUUUUUUCCGGCCAAAGCUAUGAGUUCAGAAUUUGUGUAACUUUUUCCUCUUGUACUCAAUUUCUUAUAUUUUGUUGUUCCAUUUUCCGAAAUUAUGCCUCUUAGGUAUUAUUUAUUUAAAAUUCGGGGUCUCCUUAUGUGCUUCCAUAGACUUAUUAAAGGUUAUGAACCCACCUUACCUAUCUUUUCACAACUAGUUCCGAAGUGCCAAUAUUAGAAAGAGAAGGUCGAGAUGGAGCUAAAGAGGGCAAAAAGCCAUGAUAUUAUUAUGUAAAAUAUAAAUAGGACUGACAGGAAUACUGUUCAACUAUGAUAAUUUUAGAUCGAAUAUUAAACAUUACUUAAUAUUGGUCACUAACCAAAUUUACUUUCAUUGUAUUAAUAAUUGAU